CUGAGUCCUCCGCUUCAGGAGACGGACUGGGGAGGUCUUCCCUCCUGGCGACCCUAUGCCCCGCGUGGCGGCCCCGCCCCAGCCUGGACAGCGGUCUGAAGGAUGCUGCAGCUCCGGGGGCGGGCUCCGCAGGCGAUCGCCGGCGCCUCCCGCGCGGAUUGGCUGCAGCCGUGACCGGCGCCGCUCUAUUGGUCGGUCCAGAAGCCGGGGCGGGGACCGGCUCCUGCAGCGCGGCGGCGGGGACGCGGCUGGAGCCCGGGAAGCUGCUGCGGGGGCGAUGGCCGCACCGAGCCCGGGGCCCCGGGAGGUCCUGGCCCCCUCCCCAGAGGCUGGAUGCAGAGCAGCCACCUCGACCUCUGGCCGCCGUGGCCUCCUCUGGCGUCUCCGAGACAAGCAGGCUCGCAUUGGCCUGUUUGAGAUUGGCCCGGGGCAUGAGCUGCACCAGCUGACAUGCAUGAUGCAGGCAGGGCUGUGGGCUGCCACCCAGGUCUCCAUGGACCACCCAACCACAGGACCACCCACUGAGGAGGAUUUCUCUGAGGUCCUGACCCAGGUUCACGAGGGCUUCGAGCUGUGCACCCUGGCUGGCCCAGCCUUCUCCUGGCUGCGCCGUUCCCUAGGCCUGGCAGAGGAGGACUACCAGGCAGCGCUAGGCCCGGGUGGCCCCUACCUGCAGUUCCUCAGCACCUCCAAGAGCAAGGCCAGCUUCUUCCUGUCCCACGACCAACGCUUCUUCCUGAAGACCCAGCGGCGUCGGGAGGUGCGGGCGCUGCUCGCCCAUCUGCCCCGAUACGUGCAGCACCUGCAGCGGCACCCGCACUCGCUACUUGCACGGUUGCUGGGAGUGCACAGUCUGCGGGUGGCUCGGGGAAAGAAGGAAUUCUUCAUCAUCAUGCUGAGCGUCUUCUACCCUGCCGGCCGCAUCUCUGAGAGGUACGAUAUAAAGGGCUGUGAGGUGAGCCGCUGGGUGGAGCCAGCCCCUGAGGGCAGCCCCCUUGUCCUGGUGCUGAAGGACCUCAACUUUCAAGGCAAGACCAUUGACCUAGGGCCCCAGCGGAGCUGGCUCAUUCACCAGAUGGAACUGGACACCGCCUUCCUCCGGGAGCUCAACGUGCUCGAUUACAGCCUUCUGAUGGCCUUCCAGCGUCUCCACGAAGAUGAGAGGGGCCCUGGCAGCAGCCUCAUCUUCCGCACAGCCAGGUCUGUGCGAGGCGCGCAGAGCCCCGAGGAGCCGGGAUCCCAGAACCGCCGGCUGCUGCCGGACUCCCCCAACGCCUUACACAUCCUGGACGGGCCGGAGCAGCGCUAUUUCCUGGGCCUCGUGGAUCUCGCUACUGUCUACGGGCUCCGCAAGCGGCUGGAGCACCUGUGGAAGACGCUGCGCUACCCGGGCCGGACCUUCUCCACCGUCAGCCCCGCUCGCUACGCCCGUCGCCUCUGCCAGUGGGUGGAAGCGCACACCGAGUGACCGGCGCCCGCCGCGCUCUCCGCGUCCGGACAGUGGGCGCACGUGGGGAACCGGGGUUCCAGGCUGGCCCGGGCGGCCUGUCGGGCUCCCUUCGCCUGGCGUUCCUCCCUUUGGCCUCCAGAGGGCAGCAUCCCCUAACUAAAAACGGUGACGACACAGCCUCCUCUGGUGGUGAUGCCGUGUUUGGCUUUGUGCCAGGGACUCCCCUACAUUAGCUCAUCUAAUCCUCAAAAAACUGCUAUUACUUUCUUUUUACAGACCAUAAGAUGGAGGCUCAGAGGGUGAAGGGACUGAGCACGAGCAUUCAGCAAUAAAUGCUGGAACCAGGA